AUGGCAGACACACCAGACAAUGGGCACGACACGAGCUCAUUGAGGAGUGUUGGAGCGGGAUCCAUAGAUCGGGCCAUGGCAGCGACAAGACUCACCGCCUCGUCUUCGUCCAAUAUUUCCAAUUACGCCUCUAGCGUCUCCAGCGACAAUCAAAGCCAAAGUCACGCCCAUAGCCAAAAUCUGACAGGGAGCGGAAGUGGGAGUGGGGGUCUUCCUGGAACCCCCGUGAGCCGACGCUCGGGUGGAUGGGAUCGGCAAACUCUUUCCCCGGCCGCUGCUGCAAGGGUGCGACACGAUGAUUCCAACAAUGAAGACUAUGCUCCUCAUCAGUCAAGCAGUCUACGCCCUAGCAGCGAACUCUUGGAAGACUCUUCCGAUUCCUCAGAUGAAUAUGUUUCAACUUAUAAACCAUUAAAGACGGCGUCACGCUCAAAACGUUUCUUCCAGUCAAUGGUUAAUAAGUUUACCAAAUCUUCUGUUCGCUACGGACACUUACCAAACAACCAAGUAUGCAUACCCUUCUCUUGGCCUAUCUCCUCCCUCACGGCUAACCCUCCAUUCAGCAAGAACAAGAUAGAAAUGGCACAGGGGGCGGAAUAUGGGCACUGGAAUUUGGCAACUACUAAACAUCCUUACUGUCAUGUUCUCGGAGUCGAUAUCGAUCCCGUUCAUCCUCCAUACACAAAAUCGAACUGCACCUUCAAAGUAAUGGACAUAACACAAGAUUGGGACUUCCCAGGCGGCGGCAACUUUGACUUCAUCCAUAUCCGACAACUCGGCGACAUCAACGAUAAGCAAAAGAUGAUUCAGGCAGCUUUCGAUAAUUUGAGACCUGGAGGAUGGGUUGAGUUAACAGAAUGGAUCGCCAUUUUACAGUCGCCCGACCAUUCGCUGGACGGCACAGCAUUCCGCAAAUGGAACAACCUACUAGAAGAAGGACUGCAAAGUUUUGGUACAACGGUGCUUUACCCGGAAACGUUCAAGUCGUUGCUCCAGAAGACAGGGUUUGAGCCUGUCAUUGAUACAAGGAAUGGCGCGCCGACGAACGCGUGCUAUCCUGGGAAGAAGCUACAGCGCAUAGGCCAUUUGAUGACCCAGAACUGGCUCCUUAUCCUUGAGCCGUUAUCAAUGCCCGUUUUUACGCAAGGACUGGGCUGGACCCCCGAACAAGUACUGGCUCUUCUGGCGGAAGUUCGACGGGAGAUUGGCAACACAAAAUACCACUCCUUCAUGACACUGUGA